GAACAACUGAUUUCCAUGUCUUCUUUCUUUUAACUUUUGCCUGUUGCAUUUAUUCUCCUUUUUUCCUUUUCCGGGUGUCGGAUUUUCUCUGAGUUUACCCAAAAAAGAAAGAGAUGAGGUUACUGUGUGGCUUUGUUUUUUUUUAAGGGCAGAAAUUAAAGUUGAAGGAAAGAAAAGAAAAGAAAAGAAAAGAAAAGAAAAGAAAACUGUAGCAAGUCAAUCUUCUGCCCCUAUUUUCAGCAUUUGCACCUGGGGAAUUUUUUAGGGUUUCUGAAAUUUUUCAAAAUUCCCGUUGUGUGCUAGCUCUCUUCUGCACAGAUCGAUCACAGCAAACUAGACCUUUCUGGGCAUUUCCUCUUUUGAGGGAGUGAGGCAGAAUGGUGAGGGGGAAGACGCAGAUGAAGCGAAUAGAGAAUGCGACGAGCAGGCAAGUGACAUUUUCAAAGAGGAGGACUGGGCUGCUGAAGAAGGCCUUUGAGCUAUCAGUUCUGUGCGAUGUGGAAGUUGCACUCAUCAUCUUCUCUCCAAGAGGAAAGCUCUUCCAGUUCCCAAGUUCCAGUAUAAGCAAAACAAUAGAACGUUACCAGAGGAAUGGCAAGAACCAUAAUGGAAUCAGCAGCAGAGCAUUUGGAGAAAAUAUCCAGCAUUUGCAGGAGGAGGCUGCUAACAUGGCCAAGAAGAUUGAGUUCCUCGAAGUUUCCAAACAAAAACUGUUGGGAGAUGGCUUGGAACCAUGUUCCAUAGACGACCUACAGCAGAUCGAAAACCAGCUGGAGCGAAGCUUAAGCAACGUUAGGGCAAGAAAGACCGUGUUAUUCAAGGAGCAAAUUGAGCAGCUCAAGGAAGAGGAGAGAGCUCUAAUGGAAGAAAAUGCAGAGUUAAGAGAGAAGCUGCCGCAGGCAUCAACCAAACAGCAAGUGGCAACCUGCGGAGAAGUUUCAGACGUAGAGACAGAAUUGUUCAUUGGACUGCCUGAGAGGAGGUCCACUGGCUGCAUAAUAUCUCACUGUUGAUUAAUUGAUGCUUGUGAUUUCCAGUUUCCAUAUAGAAAUUAAUUGGCUUUCUAGAAGUGCUUGUGUACAAUAAAAGAAGGGCGCCAGUGAUUAUUAUAGCUAUUUGCUGGCCAAGAAUCCAAAAUCCCUUGUGUGAAAUAUAUAUAUUUAUAUAGGAGGCAUGUAGGCAUAUAUGUAUAUAUCAGGAAAUACUGUAUUGAAUAAUAUUUUCUUCUGCUUGUGCAUGGAACCCCAUUUAUGACUC